CGCGGCCCGGGCAUUUGCAUGGGCUGAGGCAAAGCGGCGGGCUCAGGCACAGCCUGGUUUUAUUUUUAGCUGGCCGCUCCGGGGGCCGGGCUCCCGGCGGGACGGGGACACCAGCAGAGAGGUUACUGCAGGCGAGCCGCAGCCAGCGGGGCUGCAGCGGCCUCUCGCUCCCCUAGCUAGAGGAUCUGCCCGGGAGGAGGGGGGGGGGUCACUCGGCUCCUCCGUGCGAGCCUCCCUGCGGCGGAGGCACCGGCAAGGCUCCGCAAAUGGCCAGCCCUCGGCGGGAGCUGGAAGACGGGCAGCCGCUGCAGCAGCACCCUGCCCGCCCCGAGCCAGCCUUCGCCGAGGCGCGGCGCUGGAUCGAGCAAGUCUCAGGCAGAAGUUUUGGUGACAAAGAUUUUCGUUCUGGAUUAGAAAAUGGUAUUCUGCUUUGUGAGUUACUGAAUGCAAUAAAGCCUGGACUGGUAAAAAAGAUCAAUAGACUGUCGACCCCUAUUGCAGGGUUGGACAACACCAUCUUAUUCUUAAGAGGCUGCAAAGAGCUGGGGCUUAAAGAAUCUCAACUUUUUGACCCAGGUGACCUUCAGGACACAUCAAACAGAAUAAUAAUCAAGAACACUGACAACAGUAGGAAGCUGAAAAAUGUACUAGUUACCAUUUACUGGCUGGGGAAAGCAGCAAACAGAUGCACUUCAUACAGUGGAGCAACGCUGAACCUGAAGGAGUUUGAAGGAUUGCUGGCACAGAUGAGAAAGGAAACCGAAGACAUUGAGAGCCCCAAACGCAACAUUCGUGACAGUGGUUAUAUUGAUUGUUGGGACUCUGAACGCAGCGAUUCCCUUUCCCCGCCUCGCCACGGCAGAGAUGAUUCCUUUGACAGUCUGGAUUCAUUUGGUUCCCGCUCACAGCAGACACCGUCUCCAGAUGUAGUGCUCAGAGGAAGCAGCGAUGGGAGAGGCAGUGACUCUGAGUCUGACUUGCCACACCGAAAGAUGCCAGACGUGAAAAAAGAUGAUAUGUCUGCAAGGCGGACGUCGUAUGGCGAACCUAAAUCAGUUGUGCCUUUUAACCAGUAUCUCCCGAACAAGAGUAACCAGACUGCCUAUAUACCAGCUCCUCUUCGGAAAAAGAAAGCUGAACGAGAGGAGUACCGGAAGAGCUGGAGUACUGCUACUUCACCACUUGGAGGAGAGAAGCCUUUCCGCAAAAACCACCCUGAAACCAUAGAAGAAGAACAAAGUGAGGCACCAAGACGACAUGAAGAGGAGCAGGUGGGAUGCAUGGCUUCCAGGACAAACCCCAGUAAAAGUCAAGUAGAUUUGAAUCAAAACAAAGGAGAGACCAUAGGUCAGUUUCCUUCAGAUAGUGCCAAAGAAACUGCAGUGCACAAGUGCAAAGAGAAAGAUGCAGAGGAGAUCAGAAAGUUAAGAAGGCUUGAACAAGCUGGUAUUAAGGUCAUGCCAGCAGCACAACGCUAUGGCAGUCAAAAGCAAAUAUGUGAAGAUAGUGAACCUACCCCAGAUAUCAUCCUUCACAAGGAGAAACCCUCUAUGAUGCAUUAUCAAGGGAAGGAUUCUGGAUCAGAAGAUGAAGCCGUGUGCAGAGUUCCUGAUCUAGAAAAGGAUGACUUUGCAGCCCGGAGAGCAAGACUGAAUCAGCCCAAACUUACAGUGUCAUUUAACCAGUUUUUAGUUGGGCCCCGUACAAAUAAAGACAAAGGUAAACUGGAAGGUGUUAAAAAGCCAUUACAGAAGGAAAAACAGGAAUAUGCCAGAGCAAACCAGGUACAUAUGGCAUCAGCGAGGCAAAUUGUUACACAUAAAGAAAACCCAUUCCUGCAGUCUCAGGAUCUCGAGUCGGAGGAGGAAGAGCAGGUGAAAGUGCCUGAUAUUCAAAGAGAUGACCUAGCUAAACGAAAGACUCAAAGUAACCUUACCCAGCAACAAGAAUCUCCAGUGUUUGUGAAAGCUUCUAUAACACAAGCAGAUUUGGAGACAUGGGACAGACUGAAAGUGUCCGAGGAGCUCAGUGAAGAAAACCUCAAACGCUCCCAGGAUCCUGAACCAUCUGCUGAAAUUGCAGUGGAAGCAGCUGUUCGUGAUGAUUUUGCUAGCCGCAAAGCAAGAGCAUACAAAAAGGCUUCUAGCCCCAAGCAGAGGUUUGUGCACUUUGGGCCAGUGACUGAGAUUGAUCAACAGAAAUGGGAGAAGCUUUGUAUUGCCAGGGCCACAUCCAACAGUGAAAUCACAGAGGAGACUGGGAGGGAAAGUGCUGAGACACAGACUUGCCAUGAAACCUUUGCAUCUGCCACUGCCUGCAGCCUCACUACCAUUGGACAUAAUAAUGAAGUCUCCAGGCCACAAAAUGAUUCCAGUGAAGUAGCAAGGUCAGGUACAGAUGAAUAUUGCCAAGGAAUCCAGUUGGCUGCCUGUAUUGUCUCUCAGAACCAAACUCCACGCAGAGUGAGUGAAUGGCAUGAAAGCAGGGAGGAAGAGCUUGAUGGGAGUUCACCACACAGUCAGAGAGAUGAUGUGAUGACUAGAAGGUUGGGAAUCUUUCAGAGGCAGACUAGCCCGGUUUGUAUGCCAAAUUCUCCCAUGUCAGUGGCCCAUCAUCCGCUGCAGCAACAGAAAGAAGUAAUUCAUAAGAGAGACUUGAAGACUCCACAGAAAGCAGAAAGCGGUUUUCCCUUGAAUUGCACAAUGGAACAACAUCACGGAACAGUUUCGUCUGUCUCCGUGGGCUGCAAUGUGACAAGGGAUGAGAGCCAUGAGAAACUGAAAGAUCAUGACCAAAGUAGGGGUGGGACAAAACACCAAGUGAGAAUUCCAGAUCCAAGAAGAGAUGACAUGAUGGCAAGAAGAACUGGAGCUUUUCUAAAUCAGCCUGGACCAAGUGUUAAACAGUUCCUUCCAGUUCCUUUUUCAAAGCAGCAGAGUAGCCAGGAGAGAACUAAGGAACUUGUAAAGCCUGAAAAGAAAGUGAAGAGAUUCGGCCCCAGAACUGCUGUGUCUGAUGACGCAGAGAGUCUGAGUAUGUUUGACAUGAGGUGUGAAGAUGAAGCUGUGAUGCAGCCUCACAGCAAGGCUCGCCAUGAAAAACUUCAACAUAUUCACAACCAACUGAAAGAGGAUGAGGAUAGAUGGCAAGACGAUCUGGCACGAUGGAAAAGUCGUAGAAGAAGCGCUUCACAGGACCUAAUUAAAAAAGAAGCAGAGAGAAAAAAGAUGGAAAGAUUAUUGAGUGGCAGUGAUGGAACAAGUGAGCGAAGGAAAAGCAUCAAGACUUAUAGAGAAAUUGUGGAGGAGAAAGAGAGAAGAGAAAAGGAGCUGCAUGAGGCCUAUAAGAAUGCCAGGUCACAUGAGGAGGCAGAGAGCAUUCUCCAACAAUACAUUGAAAGAUUCACCAUUAGCGAAGCUGUCCUUGAACGUUUGGAGAUGCCAAAAAUUCUGGAAAGAAGCCAUUCAGUGGAGCCAAACUCAUCAUCACCACCGAAGGACCCAAAUCCUAUGAGAUACUUACGGCAACAAUCGCUGCCUCCUCCAAAAUAUACUGCCACGAUUGAAGCAACCAUUGUUCCCAUCAGCGAAUCGGAAGCCAGUGUUUCAACAGGCCAAACAUCUCCAAGCAAAACUGUUGUCUCCAAGGCUGUGCCUAUGCUGACACCCAAGCCUUAUGCACAACCCAAAAACACACAACAGGUCUUGAAAACAUUUAAGGUAGAUGGAAAAGUCAGUAUGAAUGGCGAAACCUUCAAUGGACUUGAAGAGAAGGAGAAAGAAUGUACAACAGUGAUAUUUGCUCCUUUACUAAGAAGAUCUCCAAAGUUUGAAGGGGUGGCCAGAGAGGAUGGAUCUCCGGUGGAACUGAAGCAGGACACCACUAGCAUUGAGCUCAAUUUAAAGCGGCCUGCCACUCACACUGUGCACAGAGAGCUGACAGCCUCCUUCACUGAAGAAGUUAAAGCAGCCAACCAAAAAGAUGAAACUGAUGCUGGAAUGCCAGAAAUGAUGAAUUUGGGGUUUGCUUCACCAGGUGCAGAGCAGAAACAAUUCAAGACAACUGUUACUUGUGCGCAUCCUGCUGUGUCCACCGUGGAGUUCCCGCUUAGCACCCAUUCUGAAGAAGCAGCUUCAAAAGAUAAAGAUCUGAAGAAACCUGAGACAGAACAACAGAAGGAAGCAGAGAUCCUAGUUACACAGAAGGUAGUGAAGUCAAGUGCUCCAGAACAAGAAGGGGUUAUAUUAUUUCCAUUUUUGAAGAAAGUACCUGAGACCAGCCAAGUUAUUCUGCAGAACUCUGAUCAACAAGCAGAUUCUGAUAAUAUUGACAAGUCAAAUUGUUUCAGUUUCUGGUCCUGGGAUCCAGAAGAGGAACGAAAGCGACAGGAAAGAUGGCAGCAUGAACAGGAACGCUUGCUUCAAGAGAGGUACCAGAAGGAGCAGGACAAGCUGAAAGAAGAAUGGGAAAAAGCACAGAAAGAAGUUGAAGAGGAGGAGCGUAGAUACUAUGAGGAGGAGCGCAAGAUAAUUGAGGAUACUGUAGUUCCAUUCACUGUUUCUUCAAGCUCUGCUGAACCCCUCUCCACUUCUUCCUCUGUCACUGAAGGAAAUGGGACAAUGAAUAUGAUGGAACUGAGUAACUCUCAAGAGGAAGAGAAACAAAAGGAAAUUAAAAGACAGCAGAAAUUACCCUGGGAGCAGGAGGGUGCAUCAUUAGCCAAAAACAAGAAAAGUGAGCCAUGCCUGGAAAAGAAAAGCAGUGUAAAUAAAGUGCCCACAGAACAUCCAGAGACUAUUCUUCAGAGGGGAAGUGAACAGGAUCACCAGGUGUCAGUGACAGAGCACAGCUCACCUGUCAUACUGAAUCUGCCAUUGACUCAGGAUGUGUCGUGGAAUCAGCAGUUGUUAAUGAAACAGUCACCACACAUUUCAGAAGAAGUUAGACAGAAAACAUCUCUGGAUCAGAGCAUAGGCCAGCAGGCUAAUUCCCCAGGCGAAAGGAGAAGAACAGGCUGUCAUGAGAAUUUCAGGCCUGGACUGUCAUCUCCAUGUUCUCCUACACCUCAAAGCCGCUCACCCAACAGGUCUGUCAGUGGAAAGAAACUAUGUUCUACCUGUCGGCUUCCUCUUGGAAAAGGAGCUGCCAUGAUUAUUGAAACACUCGGUCUAUAUUUUCACAUUAAUUGCUUCAGGUGUGGAAUUUGCAAGGGACAGCUUGGAGAUGCAGCAAGUGGAACAGAUGUCAGGAUUAGAAAUGGUCUUCUCAACUGCAAUGAUUGUUACAUCAGAUCCAGAACUGCUGGGCAGCCAACAAUGUUGUGACAGGAAUGUCAGUCCUAAAACCUUUCUGCAAGAAGGAGCAUCCUCAUCAUGUCCCUAGGGCUGCUUCCAGACAAUCACUUGUAAGAGCUCGUAUCCAUGGACUUCAUAGCUCCCAUCUCAUUUUGUAAAGCUCAUAUAAAAGGCUGCAUCCGCUACUUUAAAGCACAGUGUGAUUUUUUUCCCUUUCUUAAUGAAUUUGCAUAAUGUGUAUGAAGAACAUUUGGUAAUUCAUAUCUGAAGUAUUAAAAAAGAGGCUUUCCAUAUUUUCAAGUAAGUUUGAUUUUAAAUCUGUUGUUUUGCUCUUUUCAAAGUCAGAAAAGAUUCAAUAAACCUAUUUUGUUUUAAUACUUCUAGGAAUAAAAAAAUUAAGUUUACAGAACCGUUAUGGAAGUUUUAGAAUGUCAAUUCAAGAUGAGAAAUCAUUUAAAGAUAGCAUCUAAUUAGUGCAUUUGCAAAAUUAAACAUCACAAGUGACUUUUCUGUUAUUACUGAAAUUAUAACUUUUUUACACAAAGACACUAGUUUAAUAAUACAUACUGUAAUUCUGAAACAUUUUGUUUUAUGUUACCUUCAGUGGAGGGUAGAAGUUAUACAAAUAAAUUAUUGCACCUUUAGCAUUAGGAUUUUUUUUUUCAGUGUAUGUAUAAAUCAAGUAAUGUUCAACACUAUAGCUUAAUAGUCUAUCAAAUAAAGAUUUCUUCAUUAAGCCUGAAAGAGUGUAUGACAUUAGCAAUUGCAAAAAUCCCCAGUAGGAUAAUAAAGAGGAAAUCUUUUCUUAACUUGUACAGAAUUAUACAGUACUACCAAAUUCUUGGGGGGGCUGACGUGGAUGAAGCUGAAUCUAGCAGUGGUGGGUUGUUGGUUGUUGGUACAGCUAAGGGGAUCUAUUGGCUUGUAAUUUUCUCAUGGCCAGUAGAGUUGUUACAAAUGAAUUAGAAGAUCUUAUGAAUCUGAUACCUUAAUGAGAUUCUAUAUAGUAGAAAUUCAUUUACAAACCAGACAGGUUGAUUUGGGUCCCAUAAAGGGUCAAUAUAAUUAGAAUGUGUCAAACUAUAAACAGCUGUGAUUCAGUGCAGUACAUCAGUGGACUUGAAUCUGUGUUCCUUGUACAUACAACUCUCAUUGCACUCAGGUGAUUUGUGAGUGUAUAAAGAAUGCAGGAUGAGGUCCAAUCUGUAACAUUUUACAAAACAAACACAAAAACUAUUAAGCGCAUUUGGUCAAUUGCACCCUGUGCAUUAUAAUAAGUAUAUUCUCCCAUUAGUGCGUACCAGUAGCUCCCUGAAACAGCUACUGGAGCUGUGGGUGUAGAGAAGAAUAUAGACACAUUUUAGCUGACACAUUACAGUUGUAAAAUAUUACGUACUGUUUUCUAACUGUACUGGUUUCUAACUGUACUACAUGGUGAAUUUCAGCAGGCUGAUAAAGAGAAAUUAUUCGAAAGCAUCACUCUUAGCAGCUUAAGAUGCUCUUUAAAAAUGGGGAAAAAAAUCUAUUUAUUCUGCCUUAAAACCAUGAUCAACUAAAUUAAGAGAUUCCUUAUUGUAUGUGACAGAAUAGGUACACACAUCCAUUGUCUUUUGAUGUGUUGGUAAAAGGAAAUAAAGUGGAUAUUAGGUGAGCAAUAAUUUUUUUCUAAGUGUUUAUAUUGAUAGCAUCUAUUUAUUUAAAAUGCUAGACAGUUAUUUGCAUGCAAGUUGCGUGCUCAUGCAGAAAUACUUUGUCACUGAAAACAUUUGUACAAUGUUGUAAUUUUAAGACAUUGUUGCUAUCUAAUAGAAAGUUGCAUAUAAUUUCAUUAAAACUGUGCCUUAGAAAAUGCAAAGCUGUUGCACACAGUGGUGACUUAUGGAUGCAAUAAAUCCCAAGAGUAAAGCUAACUGGACUUCAGAUGGGGGUUAUUUAAAAAAAAAAACAACCGUACAAAAAUAAUAAAAAAGAAAUUUUUGGAUAUAUACAGCAACAUCCAAUAUUGUGAUUAACCGUCUGCAUGAUUUACUGUUAAAUGUUUUGAUAACUUUGAUGUUUACAUGUUUACACUUUGCAUGUUGUCAUCAUAAUACUUUAUUGCAAAUAAUGCACAAUAUGAAAAUUCAAAAUACAGAUUUUUAUAAAGUACUUUUUUACAUCUAUCUAACUCCAACUGUUACACUAAGGGUAUGUGACUAUAUUAUAUUCUGGGCCUAAUUUUCAAAACAUGACUUGCAUUUUUGCAUGCUUGAGUGUGAACCUUUGAUAUUAGUCAUUAACACUUAUGCACACAGGUGAUAAGAUUUAGAUGUGUAAAUCAGUCACCUGUGUGUACAAGUGUUGGAUGUCACACAAGUCUGGUCUGUUUCUAAUGGAGUCAGUGGUAAACUCCCAGUGCUUUUAGCAGAAGCAUAACUGGAAACAAAAUGCAUGUGCAAGUUGGAGUUUUUAUGUGCAGAGUUGCAAACGCACAAAUGGAUCUCUGAUUGAAGCCUCUUGAAAAUGUAGCCCUCCUUUCUCUCAUUUUUUCAUAUAUACAUAUUUUAGUGGGGCUAAUUGCAUAUGUACCAAAGCUAAUGAAAAGCAAAACAAAGCAGCAUUCUUAGACCACACAGUGUUUUUCCAUAAUGAACAACUAGUCACCAGCACAGAACGUUUUCUAAAUGCUAAUUGCCAAUGGUUUGUUUAUAUUUGAUUUAUUUUUUUCAUUUGGAGCCUGUCAAAUGGCAGUUCAGUCAGGCUAAGGCUUAGCUUUUUCCAAUUCAAGCUCAAGUUUGAUGAUUUUUUUUUUUUGUGGUUGCCGGAAAAAUAAUGCUUUACUACAUCGAGCUACCAUGUAAAUGUGUUUGUUUCACAAAGUGAGGUAUUGUUGCUGAGCAAGUGCAAUCUAAUGUUUUUUAACUCUUGCAAAAGCUUAUUUACACCUUGUUACUUCAGAGAACAUGGAUAACUGUCAUAACCAUUUUAUGUAUUUCACUACCAGACUUUCAUAGUUUUCCUUACUCCUGCUCUGUAGUGUUGUUGAUGGAAUACAUACUGUCGCUGUCUAUACAUGACAUAAUGAUUGGUGAGCUAAAAGGGAUCCACCUUCUAUGCAAGGACAAGAAUUACUGUCCUAGCUGGGCUAAUGUUCCAUACAGUUACACUACUCUUCACUUACAAUAUUUAUUCUAAAAUGCCUCUGGAAAGUAGGAAAAAAUUGUCUAAAAUGCAACCGCUUUUAUAGUUAAUGUAUGUUUAUAAAUAAAAUGUAGAAUAAAU